AGCCCCGCCCCUCUGCCCAGCCACUCCCGGUUGCGCGCGCUGAUUGACGCCGUUUCACCGCGAGCUGAUUUGCGCGGCCGCGCGCUCCAGUUCGUUUCACGUUCGCACAAAAAAAAAAAAAAAAAGCAAGAAAGAAGAUCCCGAUCCGAUGUAGCACCGGAACCGCUCGAGCUGCUGAGGGUUCGUGUGUUAGCGGAGAGGAAACCGGGGGACUGCAGGCAUCAUCCGGGGAACCGAGAGAGAGAGAGAGAGAGAGAGACGGAGAGAGAGAGAGAGAGACUGAUGUGCUGCUGCUGCUGCUGCUGAGUCUGAGGGUUCGGGAUCGGGAUCGGGUUCGGGUUCGGGUCCGGGAUCGCUCCAGCUCCACAUGCAGGUUCCGACCCCGGGCUCUCUGGGUUUCUCUCUGCAGUGUUUCGGUGACGGUACCCGCGCGGGAUCAUGAUGGCGAGCGACUCUCCGGCCCGCAGCCUGGAUGAGAUCGACCUGUCGGCUCUGCGGGACCCUGCGGGAAUCUUUGAGCUGGUGGAGCUUGUGGGAAAUGGAACGUACGGCCAAGUGUACAAGGGCCGCCAUGUCAAGACAGGCCAGCUUGCUGCAAUCAAGGUCAUGGACGUUACGGGGGAUGAGGAAGAGGAAAUCAAGGCGGAGAUCAACAUGCUGAAAAAGUACUCGCACCAUCGCAACAUCGCCACGUACUACGGAGCCUUCGUUAAGAAAAACCCACCAGGCGUCGACGACCAGCUGUGGUUGGUGAUGGAGUUCUGUGGCGCCGGCUCAGUCACAGACCUGAUAAAGAACACUAAAGGGAACUCGCUGAAGGAGGAGUGGACGGCGUACAUCUGCAGAGAAAUCCUGCGUGGUCUUACUCAUCUUCACCAACACAAAGUCAUCCACCGUGACAUUAAAGGGCAAAACGUCCUGCUGACGGAGAACGCAGAGGUCAAACUGGUGGACUUUGGUGUGAGUGCACAGUUGGACCGCACCGUGGGCAGGAGGAACACGUUUAUCGGCACGCCGUAUUGGAUGGCUCCGGAGGUCAUUGCCUGUGAUGAGAAUCCAGACGCAACAUACGACUUCAAGAGUGAUCUGUGGUCUUUAGGAAUUACAGCUAUAGAGAUGGCAGAAGGAGCUCCGCCUCUGUGUGAUAUGCACCCGAUGCGAGCGCUCUUCCUCAUUCCUAGAAAUCCAGCUCCUAGACUCAAGUCGAAGAAGUGGACGAAGAAGUUCCAGUCGUUUAUUGACAGCUGCCUGGUGAAGAACCACACGCAGAGGCCCAGCACGGAGCAGCUGCUUAAGCAUCCCUUCAUCCGAGACCUGCCUAAUGAGCGACAGGUCCGCAUCCAGCUCAAAGACCACAUCGACCGCACCAAGAAGAAGAGAGGAGAGCGGGAUGAGACGGAGUACGAGUACAGCGGCAGCGAGGAGGAGGAGGAGGAACGAGACAUCGGAGAACCCAGCUCCAUCAUCAACAUCCCGGGUGAGUCCACUCUAAGGCGGGACUUCCUGCGUCUGCAGCUGGCCAAUAAGGAGCGCUCCGAGGCCCUGCGCCGACAACAGCUGGAACAGCAGCAGAAUGAUGAGCACAAGCGCCAACUGCUGGCGGAGAGACAGAAGCGCAUCGAGGAGCAGAAGGAGCAAAGGAGGAGACUGGAGGAGCAACAGCGUCGGGAGAGAGAGCUGCGCAAACAGCAGGAGAGAGAGCAGCGGAGACGCUAUGAGGAGAUGGAGCAGCUACGGAGAGAAGAGGAGAGGAGGCACGCCGAGAGGGAGCAGGAGUAUAUCCGCCGGCAGCUGGAGGAGGAACAGAGGCAGCUGGAGAUUUUACAGCAGCAGCUCCUCCAGGAACAGGCUCUCCUUCUGGAAUAUAAGCGGAAGCAGCUGGAGGAGCAGCGGCAGGCGGAGAGGCUUCAGAGACAGCUCCAGCAGGAGAGAGCUUACCUGGUUUCCCUCCAGCAGCAGCAGGAACCUCGACCUGCUGAGAAGAAGCAGCUCUACCACUACAAGGACUCGGCCAACCCCAGCGACAAACCCGCCUGGGCCAAAGAGGUCAUGAGGCGAGCCCAAAGUAACUCCCCUCGUCUGCCUACAAAGAACCAGAACCACGAGGAGGCGCGGCUCUCGCACCUCCUCCUCCUACCUGACCACUCCUCCAGCCAACCCCCUGCCCGCCCCCCAUCCUACCCGGCCGCCGCCCCUUCUCACGCCCAGAGAGAGAGAGCGGAGCUUCAGCUCAGGCAGCUGGGCAACAGCGCCAACGUUCCCCGGAUCCGGGUGUCCUGCGAGCCGGGGGUGGCUCAGAUCAGCCAGGCGUUUCCGGGUCAGGGCCAGGAGAACCGUGGGCGGAACCCUGGGCGAACCGGCGCAAGGGACAGUGAGGUGGAGGAACGUUCCAAACUGAACCGGCAGAGUUCUCCGGCUCUGCAGCACAAAGUGGCCAAUCGAAUAUCCGACCCGUCGCUGCCUCCUCGCUCCGAAUCCUUCAGCAGCGGGGGCAUCCAGCAGGCCCGGACUCCGCCCAUGCACCGCUCCGUCGAGCCCCAGAUGGCACACUUGGUCUCGGUGAAGUCUCACGGUUCCUCCAUGACGGGCUCGCAGUCUCUGCACGAUCAGUCUUCCCAGGGCGUCUCGGCUUUCCAGGAGAGUCUGUCGCCCCACCGGCCCCCGAUGCCCCGGCAGAACUCGGACCCCACCUCAGAGACGCCCAUGCCGCCACCCCGCAUCACCAGCCGCGAUGAAAAGUUCGAGCGCGGCUCCUGGCUGAGACAGGAAGAAGAAGUUCCACCCAAGGUUCCUCAGAGGACGACCUCUAUUUCUCCUGCACUGGUUAGGAAGAACUCACCUGGGAAUGGACCUGGAGGUCUCGGACCGAGGCCAGGUUCUCACCUCAUUCGAGCCAGCAACCCGGACCUGCGGGUCUCCAUGGAGCCGGGGCUCCCGAGGACGAGCAGCGGCAGCUCCUCCAGCUCCAGCACUCCGAGCUCUCAGGGCGGAUCCAGCGAGAGGAACCGGAUGGGAGGAUCUGUAAAACCCGAGAGUUCUCCAUCUGCUUCCCAGGAGACCAAACACAAGAGCCAGGAGGAGAACAGGGAGGUGACGAGACCGAGCCGACCCGCUGAUCUCACCGCUCUGGCCAAAGAACUGCGAGAGCUGCGGUGCAAUGAGGAGACGAACCGGCCGCCCGUCAAAGUGACCGAUUACUCGUCGUCCAGCGAGGAGUCAGAAAGCAGUGAAGAGGAGGAGGGAGAGGGCGGGGCUCACGAUGGCACGGUGCCAGUCAGUGACAUCCCUCGCAUCAUGCCGUCAGCUGGUCAAGGCGGGGCCGAGCCGUUCGGAGGGCUGGUGGGUCCCGAGGAUUCCCAUGACGAGUCUUACGGGAACAACUCUAAAGACAGCACGCUGAUGAUGAGAGAGAUGUUUGGGGAAAGAAAGCGCUCGGGUCAUGCCGAGAGCAACGGUUUCCCUGGUAACGCCAAUCUUCCUGAUCUAGUGCAGCAAAGCCACUCCCCCUUGGCCACGCCCAGCGAAGGCCCGGGGCGCCACUCCAGUCUGCUUGGGCAGGACCUGGACUCUGUGGCUGAAUAUGGUAGCGGCUCUAAAGCCUCUUUCACCCCGUUCGUGGAUCCGCGAGUGUACCAGACUUCACCGACUGAAGAGAACAGUGAGAACUCUGCAGCAGCUCUCUCGGUCGACGAGCUGCUGAGGCACGAGCAGGAACAGGAACAAGCUCGGCUCAAUGAGGCUCGGAAGAUCUCCGUCGUCAACGUCAAUCCCACCAACAUCCGCCCGCACAGCGACACGCCCGAGAUCCGCAAAUACAAAAAGCGCUUCAACUCCGAGAUCCUGUGCGCCGCUCUGUGGGGCGUCAACCUGUUGGUCGGGACUGAAAAUGGACUGAUGCUGUUGGACCGCAGCGGUCAGGGUAAAGUGUACAACCUCAUCAACCGCCGGCGCUUUCAGCAGAUGGAAGUGCUGGAGGGCCUCAACGUUCUCGUCACCAUCUCCGGAAAAAAGAACAAGUUGAGGGUGUACUACCUGUCGUGGCUCAGGAACCGGAUCCUCCACAAUGACCCCGAGGUGGAGAAGAAGCAGGGCUGGACCACCGUAGGCGACCUGGAGGGCUGCGUUCAUUACAAAGUCGUGAAAUAUGAGCGGAUCAAGUUCUUGGUGAUUGCCUUGAAGAAUUCGGUGGAGAUUUACGCCUGGGCUCCGAAACCCUACCACAAAUUCAUGGCUUUCAAGUCCUUCACCGAUCUGCAGCACAAGCCUCAGCUGGUGGAUCUGACCGUAGAGGAAGGUCAGAGGUUAAAGGUCAUCUACGGCUCCAGCGUGGGGUUCCAUGUCAUAGAUGUCGACUCUGGAAACCCGUAUGAUAUCUACAUCCCAUCGCACAUUCAGGGCAGUGUCACCCCUCACGCCAUUGUGGUGCUCCCCAAGACCGACGGGAUGGAGAUGCUUCUGUGUUAUGAAGAUGAGGGAGUCUAUGUGAACACAUACGGCAGAAUCACUAAAGACGUGGUGCUACAGUGGGGAGAGAUGCCCACCUCUGUUGCCUACAUCCACUCCAACCAGAUCAUGGGAUGGGGAGAGAAAGCCAUCGAGAUCCGUUCCGUGGAGACGGGACACCUCGACGGAGUUUUCAUGCACAAACGAGCUCAGCGACUGAAGUUCCUGUCCGAGAGAAACGACAAGGUCUUCUUUGCCUCGGUCCGAUCAGGAGGCAGUAGCCAAGUUUUCUUCAUGACCCUGAACAGAAACUCCAUGAUGAACUGGUAAACCCCGCCCCCACGCCCCACCCCCUAUGAGCCCCGCCACACACCCCCGCCCCAGCCCUUCACCUUGUCUCUGUGGAUGUUUUCUGUUUUUCUAAAGUGAUGAAACGAGAGAGAACGACAUGAGCCCACAGUAUGUGAAUCCGCAGGGCCGCUUUGGGGAGCAAAUACUUUUAGAAAAUAAAUAAAUGAAAAAAAUAAAGGCCGGGAGCCUCUCCAGAGAGCCGAAGUUUAUCUCGAGACCACACGAAGCUCUGACCGCCGAGAGAAGAACAACCUCCUCCUGUACCCAGAAUUCCUUGCGGCUCUUACCUGCGGGGUUCUCGUCUCGUUUUAUCGCGACUCGCCUGCUUUUGGACGAGAGCAGAAACGGACGGCACUGAUGUCAGAGACGGACUAAAUCAAGAACAUAAUUGAUAUUGUAAUUGUUUAGAAACUUUCAACACAAUACCUUAUUGAUGUUGGUUGGACAAAACAAUUCAGUGGAGAGGUGUGUGUGUGUGUGUGUGUGUGUGUGUGUGUGUGUGUGUGAGUAUGUGCACCUUUCAUGAUUUUAUUACUUUACGUUAUAGCAUUUCAUCACACUGUAACUGUACAAAGGUUUAUGUAACGUUUAUUUGUUCACGAUGUAUUUGUAUGUGUGUGUGUGUGUGUGUGUGUGUGUGACUUCAUUCUCCAUCAAUAUGAAAAGCAUCACAUGAUAAUUAAGACCAAUCUGAUCAUUUGGAUGAUUUAUACAGUACAUUACAGCAGGAUUUUGGGGCCAUUACUCAUGAAAUUAAAGCUCUGUUUCUCGUGAUUCCACGCCGAGUCUGAGGGACGGGGUUUCGCUCUUUGGAUGUUGUUGCUUUGGCGCAAUAAAGACCACAAGGUUUUGAUUUGUGGACGAACGGGUUUCAGCUUA